AUGGAAGAAUUGGAAGCACUAAGACAGAGACUAUCGAAUAUACAAAAGUCUCAAUCAGCCCAAAGGCUGUCAGAGAGAAACUGUAUAGAGAUCAUUGUCAAGAUGCUAGAGUUAAAGAUGAUCGACUUGAUACACACAUCGACUGGAAGAGAAUACAUUACUCCCAAACAAUUAGAAUUGGAAAUCAACGAUGAGAUAUUGAGUCAUGGUGGUAGAGUUGCCAUCACUGAUCUUCAAUCAAUCAUUGGUGUCGAUAUGAAAUACAUUCAAGAUACUGUAGAUAUCAUCCAAAAGAAAGAUAGAUCUAUUUCAAUUGUCUAUGGUGAUAUUGUAACAAAAUAUUACAUGGAUUCAAUAAUGGAUGAAAUCAAUGAAACAUUACAAGUAAAUGGAAGACUUCAUAUUAGUGACCUUUCUCAAAGAUUCUCUCUAAACUAUGAUAUCUUGAUUGAAGGUAUCAAUAGUAGAUUGGGUAAAAGAAUUCAUGGUAUCUUUGAAAAUAAUGUUACUCUCUAUACAAAUGAUAUAAUCGAUAGACAUAAAGCUAGAGUAAGAGGUUUAUUCACUGCUCUUACAAAACCAACAUUAAUUAAUUCAUUAUGUAAACAAUAUCAAAUGAAUGAUAAAUUAUUUGUACCACAAUUGAAUGAAUUGAUUGCACAAAAGAGAAUUAGUGGAGUGGUUCAAGGUAAAGGAACACAAUCUGUAUUUAUUCCAACAUCAUUCUCUGUAAAUCGUUCUAAAUGGAUUGAGUCAUUCUACAAACAAAAUUCAUAUGUAUCUUUUAGUACUCUCAGCAACUUUCAAAUUGUUGAUCCUCAAACCUACUUGAAAAAUUUAUUUGACGAUGGUACCCUUUUAUCUUCAUGUAUUAUAAGUAAUCAUAUAGUUAAUGGUAUUGAAGAGAGUAUUAGAGAAUCUAUUACUACAUCUGGUUGGUUUGAUGUUACUACACUUAUACCAUCAAUACUUAAUAACAAAGAUAUAUCUGUAUUAAUAUCGAGUUGUCCAUCAAUGAAAGAAAAGGAUACACAAGUUACUAUUUUAAAUGAAAAUUAUGUUGUUAGUAAUUCAUUUAUCGAACGUGCAUAUUCUCUACUCGAAACAAUGAUUCAACAAAAAGUUCAAAAACAACUCAUCCUCCAAGAAUCAAUGGCAACCAGUCAAUCAUCACUUGCUACAUCGAUUGAUGGUCAAAACAAACCAAACUCCUCAAAACAAAAAGGUGGAAAAGGAAAACAACAGGUGGACAUUGACGACCAACAAGACAUUAAACCAACAAAAAGUGGAGGAAAACCAACUAAAAAAGGUGGAAAAAAGAAAAGAGAUGAUAGUGAUGAUGAAGAUUAUAAUGCUCCACAACAAAAAUCUAAAAACAACAAGAAACCUUCACAACUUGAUCAUUUACCAGAUAUGAUUCAAAUUUUAAAAUCAUUUGAAUCAAUGGAAGGUGAAUUGACACAACAUUUAGGUUUAUAUCUUAGACCUAGAAUCAAUCAAAUGUGGGAUUCAUUGGUUAAAGAAGCAAAGGAUAAAUUGGAAAAUGAAACAAACAAAACUAGAAAAGUCAAACAAUCUGAAUUGGCAGCUCAUUUUACCACUCAAUACCUUAAUCUCCAACUGUUUAAAAAGGGUCUUGAUGAUUUAGAAGGUCCAAAUACCAUCCUCCACAAACAUCUUCUCAAAUCAAUUUGUAAUAAUAUUACCAACAUCAUCGUUGAAACCAAUGCAAGUUUUCACACACUAGAAAAUACCAAUUGCGAUACACCUGCUCAAAGAUCCGUCAUUCUUUCUCAAUUACCACCUCAUGUAACCAAACAAUUAGAAAAAUUGGUUCAAUCUUUAACUAAAAGUUCUAUUACAGAAUUUAUAGAUAAUUUAGAAAAUGUUUGUAAUUUAUGUCAAAUUCAUCUUAAAUCUUUAGAUAAAAAGACUGAAAAAACAUUGUUGGAAACACAUCAACAAUCACUUUGGGAAGAAUUAGAUGAUAAUAAUCAAGAUAUUGGAGCUCAAUACCAUGCAAUUGUUUUAUUAACCUAUAUUAAAUAUAAGAAACGUUUGGUUCAUGCUCCACCAAGAUCCAUCCCAACAUUACUAGAAUCACUGUCUCAAGAAAAGAUCGAACGUGGAUUUAUGGAAUUAUUAGAAUCUACUCAUAAACAAGUUGUAGACCACAUUAAAGAAGAGUCAUCUGCCAUUCCAAUCGAAACAAUCAAACAAAAUGUAAACAACUUGAUAUCACAAUUAAAUCCUCCUCAUUCUUUAUCACCGUUGUCCAGUACCACAACCACCAGUACAACAUCAACAGUCUCAAAUGAUUAA